CUCAGUGGCUGCCGCGCACCAUGCACAUCACCCAGCUCAACCGGGAGUGCCUGCUGCACCUCUUCUCCUUCCUGGACAGGGACAGCAGGAAGAACCUUGCCAGCACCUGCCCCCAGCUCCAGGACGUCUUUGAGGACCCCGCACUCUGGCCCCUGCUGCACUUCCGUUCCCUAACAGAACUCAAGAAGGACAACUUCCUCCUGAGCCCGGCGCUCCGGAGCCUCUCCAUCUGCUGGCACUCCAGCCGCGUGCAGGUGUGCAGCAUUGAGGACUGGCUCAAGAGCGCCCUCCAGAGGAGCAUCUGCAGCCGCCACGAGAGCCUGGUCAAUGAUUUCCUCCUCCAGGUGUGCGACAGGUGCCCCAACCUGGCAUCCGUCACGCUGUCGGGCUGCGGCCACGUCACCGACGACUGCCUGGCGCGUCUGCUGCGCUGCUGCCCGCGCCUGCGCGCGCUGCGCCUGGAGAACUGCGCGCGCAUCACCAACCGCACGCUGACGGCCGUGGCGGCGCACGGGCGCGCGCUGCAGACGCUGCACGUGGACUUCUGCCGCAACGUGAGCGCGGCCGGCCUGCGCCGCCUGCGCGCCGCGUGCCCGCGCCUGACUCUGCGCGCCGAGCACAGCGCAGCCAUGAUCCCCGACCAGCCCCCGCGCGGCCCCCACGCGCCCAGCGCCGCCCUCCGCAAGCUGCUGCUGCGCUAGGCCUGUCCCGCCGUGGGGAAGACACCUGUCCUGGGCCUCCGGGGGGAAGGAGCGACGUGGCUUCGAACUCUAGUUCCUAGACUGCCGUCACAUCCGCAGCCAACACGGGGAUACAAACGCCUACCUCACAUUACGAUUUUAUACAUGGGCUGACUGCGAGAUCAGGUGGCGGAAUAGGAAAACACUCAGGUGUUUCUCACUGAACACUAGCAUCCUUCCCUGUCCGCCCUGCGCACCGGGUUCUCUUCCUGGCUCGACCCGCAGUGGCAGGAGGCCCUAGCCCAUCCUCGGGGGCUGAGGCUUCGGAAGGAGAGGGGUGAAAAUAACCAGGGCGGGGAGGCGGGGCCACCCCGAGCUCGCCGGCCGCUCGCUGGGCGGCCGCAGGGCUCCGAGCUGGCCAAGCGCAGGGCGCCCUGGGAACGGGGAAGAGUGACCACCCCCACCCCGGCCCAGCGGUCCUGCGAGUGAUCUCGGUGCUACCACAGCGGGAGGAGAGGAAUCGCGGGCGCAGGGACCGAGGGAGCCGUCCAACCGGCUACCUAGGCUCCCGCAGGGCCUUUGCUCCACGCCCAGCCCAGCCCAGCCCAGCCCACUCGCCUGCUUUUGGGCAGAUGCAUUCCUAGGAGUGACUGCAGACGCAAUUCUAGAAAAUCCGCCUGUCGAUGUGAUUCUUUCACAAAUUGCAUUGUUAUCCUUAUUUUCUACCGUUUUCCCAUAAUAAAGGGGGGGGGGGGAGUCAUUUGAAAAGCCUAAAGCAAAGACUUAAAAACAAAAGCAGCAGCCCUGGUUAAAUCCUUUGAUAAUAAAACCGUU